UCUCUACACACUUGGAUGUACGGCUAGGUCCAUUUUACUUUUCUGUGUUGACAACGUUCAGAUGUUCCCGGGUGUUCUAAGAAUUUGAUGUAUAUCGGUUAUUGCAUCAUUUCGAGUUGAACAAUAAGUUUUAAUGCGUAGUUUCAAUUGAUAAAGUUAUUAAAAAAAAGAAAAUGAAGCAAAACGUAAAAUCAGAGUCUGAGUAUUUUACUCGUCGUAAAUACAUGAAUCAUAGGCCACUUGGUCUUGACAAAAAACCAAAGAUUUUUAUUAAAGAAUGUAAAGUGUUUUUGGGAAAUAAACACGAUUCUGUGGUUGCUGACUGCACGAAAAAAAUUUCAUUCCCACUAAAGAUAAAAUGUACGAAGGGCAAGAAAGGCACAUCUAAUUUUAAAGCUUUAUGCAAAGAUGAAAAAUUAAUCCAUUUGCAAGCAGUCAUAAAACUUGAAAGAUUAAUGGAAGACAAGAGGAAACAAUUAUUGAUCGAAGACUGCAGUGGAAAAAAAAACUCUGCAUCUCUGAAUUUCCGGUAUAAUUUAGAAACAACAACUAUUGUACAUGACGAGAUUCCUUCAAUUAUUACUUCAGAUCUGAAUAAUAAUUUACAACUAACAGAAAACAAAAAUACCAUCGAUGCUCAAACUACAGUGACAAAUGUGGAUGAACUAGUACUUGAUCCAACUGAUAAUUUGCAGAUGACAUUAGAUGAAAAUAUUUUUGAUACUCAAAAUACAGUUAUUGCUCCAAAUAAAUUUGUUCUGGAUACAACCGACAAUAUACAGAUGCCAGAAAAUAUAAAUACCUUGGCUCUUAGUACUUUAGAUACUCAAAAAACUGUAGUAGAUGCAAAUGAAUCACUUCCGGGUCUCUCUGAUGAACUACAGAUAAAUAAAAAUAAAAAUACCAUCGAUGCUCAAACUACAGUGACAAAUGUGGAUGAACUAGUACUUGAUCCAACUGAUAAUUUGCAGAUGACAUUAAAUGAAAAUAUUUUUGAUACUCAAAAUACAGUUAUUGCUCCAAAUAAAUUUGUUCUGGAUACAACCGACAAUAUACAGAUGCCAGAAAAUAUAAAUACCUUGGCUCUUAGUACUUUAGAUACUCAAAAAACUGUAGUAGAUGCAAAUGAAUCACUUCCGGGUCUCUCUGAUGAACUACAGAUAAAUAAAAAUAAAAAUACCAUCGAUGCUCAAACUGCUUUAAUUGAUGUAAAUGAUUUACUUCAGGAUUCAACUAAUAAUUUAAACAUAACAGAAAAUGAAAAUACUGCAGUUGCUCAGAACACUUCAGUUGAUAUAAUUGACUAUUCAUCGACUUAUAAACAAGAAGUUACUAUAUUUAAUAAUGAGACUCAAGCUUUCGAGAAAAUAGAUUUGAUAGUUAUCAAAAAUACCGAAAAUUAUAAUAACCAAAGUGUUACUGAAACUUGUGGGCUUACUUAUGAAAAUGAAGACAGUCAGAUAGAUCAUAUGAGAAAUUUAUAUGUAUCUAAUACAGAAUGUAGUUGGUCAAAUAUAGAAGAAUUAAAUAAUGUAGAUCUGGAGUAUGGUAAAGUUGAUGAGAAUUAUAAUGUACAAGAUGAAGUCAACAGCACUGAUUUGCAUAUUCCAAUAAAAAAAAUUACCAAUGAAAGACAACAUCCGAGUUCUCCCACGUCAUUAGCAAGCUUUCCAAAUGACAACGAUAAAGAACCGCCAGAAAAUACGGAAUGUGAUUAUGAAUCAGAUGCAGAUUCUCGUUGGUCAGAUAUCGAAGAAUUGAAUAAUUUAGAUCUUGUGAAUGACGAAGUCAGAGAUGAUUCUUGUAUAGAAGAUAUUGUUGGUAACAUUAAUUUGACAUUGGAUAAAUCUUGUCAUUGGCGUAAUUCAGAAGUAAACGAUGAAAAUCAAAUGACUACAGUUAUCGAUGAAAGACGAGAACUUAAUGUAACAAGCUCAUCAAUAGAUCCAAAUGAAACGCUAGAUCGUAGUUCAGUAAAUAAUAGUGCAGACGAGAGCUAUGUACCAAUCCCAGAUGAGUCAGCCUCAGAAAACGAAAUCAAUGAUGCAAAUAAUGCAUCAGAUUCUUUAUUGCCAUUACCUCAAGAUACAACUGAACUUGAAUUUGAACCUCAAUUUAAUGCUGGGGCCCCUGAUGUUGCUAAUAUGUUUGUUGUUCCUUCUGGAGUUAUGAAAAGAAAGUCUCAUUUUUGUUUCUAUUGUAAGACAUGGCAACGUGUGAUAAGUCGACACUUACAAGAUCUCCACCGUGAAGAAGAUCUAGUUAAAAGUAUUAUUAUAUUGCCAAAAGGACCUGAAAAAAAUCACAAAUUAGAGUUGUUAAGAUUGAAAGGCGAUAAUUUAUUCACUAGUUGUACACAAUAUAAUGACGGAGAAAAAAUGGUUGUCCGGCAGCCAAACUCAAAAAUGAAGAGAACUGCUGCCGAUUUUAAAACGUGUCAUGUCUGCUUAGGAGAGUAUGCUAGUAUUCAUCGUCAUAGACGAAGAUGUGUUGGUGGAACGUACUUUCGACAUAGAGCUAACCCGAUUUUGUCACGAGGAGCCGCUGGGCUUAUUCACGAAUCAGCUACUCCAUUAUUACGAAAGUUAUUCUCUGUAAUGCACGAUGAUGACGUUUCUCGAGUUAUACGAUACGAUGAUUUGCUUAUUUAUUUUGCAAAUUUACUAUGUGAUAAAUAUAGUAAACAACAGCAGCAUGAUAUGAUUCGUUCACGAUUACGAUUACUUGGAAAGCUAGUCAUAGAAAUGAAAGGAAUUGAAGGAAUUGGAAGCCAAAUUAUUGAUUUUUCCUCAAUCAUUAAUCCAAAAUUUUACAGUCAUCUUAUUGAAUCAAUUAAACGUCUUACUGGCUGUGAUGCAGAAAAUAAAACUUGUCGAGCACCAUCUGCAGCUAUCACUUAUGGUACUUAUCUUGGAAAAGUAACUAAUGCUUUUAGAAGUAAAUGUAUUGAAGACGAAAACCAUGAACCUCUGCAAAGAAUAAAGUAUUUUGAGUUUCUUCAUAAAUCAAAAUACCCUAUUUGUAUUAAUAAUUUAGCGUAUGAAGAGUUAACUAAGCGCAAAAGACACAAGCAAGUCGAACUUCCAAUAAUGGAUGACAUUAAAAUUUUCCGUGAACACCUGGAAAAUAAAUUCCAAUCUGCUUUAGUAAAAUUAAAAACUGAAUAUUCUUAUCUAUGUUGGAAAUCGCUGAGUGAAACGACACUUGUUUUAUUGCUAUUGUUCAAUCGUAAGAGACCGGGUGAGCUUGAAAGAGCUAGCAUUGAAGAUUACAGAAGCGCUAAAAAGUUUUCUGAGUCAAAUAAACAGGAAUAUGAAAAAUUAUCUGAAAAUGAUAAAAAAAUGGUUGAUAACUAUUUACGAUUUGAGCUGGGAGGAAAAUUAGAUCGUAAUGUUCCUGUAAUUGUUUGGAAAGAGGGUCAAGAAAGCAUUGAAAUGAUUUUAAAAUAUAGACGUGAAGCUGGAAUUCACGAAAAGAAUCCUUUCAUUUUUGCUCUACCUGGCUUCGAUAAUUGUGCACGACAUCGGCACUUACAAGCUUGUCAGCUGAUUCGUGAGUAUGCAAGUGAGAGUGAUGCUUCGCAUCCAGAAACUUUGAGAGCAACCAAUUUGCGUAAACAUUUUGCGACUACAGUAGCAUCUCUUAAAAUAGCCGAAUCAGAAAUAUAUGAUAUUGCUAAUUUCAUGGGACAUGAUGAACAAAUUCAUCGUCAUCAUUAUCGUCAAACAACUCUCAGUCGCGAUCUUUGUGGAGUAUCUAAAAUACUGGAAGUUGCUGUGGGGAUGAAAAGUAAUCACACUAGUACCAACGCAACUAUUGUUGCUAGCCCAUCUGUAGCGCCAACGAUCUUAUCUUCCAAUAAUUUAUCUUCUGAAAAAGAUACACAAAAUACUUUGAAUAACGAAGAGAUGAUUGACAAUGAUUUGACAACUACUGACGAUAAUCAAAUUUCUUAUGGUAAUGUGCAGCAUGAGGAUUUAGAAUUAGCAAAAGAUUUAGAUAGUUGUGAUUCUGAUUUUGAAAAUGAACCUAAAAAGAAAAAAUCGAAGCAAAAUUUUAAGAAAAAAAAAACUGUUGAUUUUACUGAUAAAAAGAGAGGUAAAUUUACUGAAAAAUAUCGGCAUAACCCACCAACUCCAGGAACUUCGAAUUUAAAAACUACUCGAAAACGUUGGCGUGAUGAUGAGCUACUAUCGGUGAAAUCUGUUUUUGCCAAAAAUAUUGAAACAAUGAAGCUUCCUACUGCUAUUGAAAUAAGGCAAUUUCUGAGUUCACAUCCAAAGAUUGAUCGUACUGAAGCUCAAAUUCGGAGCUGGAUCUGCAACCAAUAUAUGCACGAAAAAAAAAAAUUGAGAUAAAAAAUUCUCAAUACACCGUUUCAAUAUAAUCUUUCACCGGUUUUAUAAUUUUAUUUUCUUUUUUUAUUUUAUUGUCUACUCAAUUUAUCAUUCCUUGAGAUUCAUUGAAUAAAGCAUAUCCAAUUUAAUGAUGAAUAAAGAGUACUAAGUUAAAUUACAACCGAUAACAAAAUAAACUUUUUAUAGAAAUACAAGAUAAUUUUAGAUGGGAACAGAAUGCGGGUAAUUUCCAAAUCUUGCUUCUUAUUUAUUUACAAAUAACCCUAGUAAUACGUGUUCGAGCAAGAUUCUGGAGUAAUUAUUUUUAUCAAAUUGAAUCUUUGGAAUAUAAAUUCUCGAGAACCGAAUUUUCCAUCGUGAAUAAAAGUGUAUAAUAGGUUGUAUUAGAAAAAUUAACUGUUUGUUUUGUAAAAAAUUAUCCUGAAAAUAUUGUUUAGGAUACCAAGAAAAUAACCCUGCUAAAACGGUAGCUCUUAAUUUUAAUAUUAAGGGGUGCUUCAUCACGAUUUUCUAUAUCCCAUUUGAUUAACAUGGGAAAUUUUUUAUUUUAAGUUUUGAAUUUUAUCAUGCAUUAGCAAAUCGCAGUAUCAGAAAAUUUAAUGAACAUUGUUGUUGGAAAUUAAAUGCUCUGCAAAAAAGGUCUCGCACUAAUUUUGGAUAAAUUUAAUUUUUCAAAAAUGAUUCAAGGUCAAAGUUUUAUUCAUAGUAAAAUUUAUAACUAUUCUACUUUUUCGGCGAAACUAUCAGACUUCUCGUAAAAUGUUAUAUGAUUUUCUUUUUAGAAAAUUUUAUUGCUUCCAAAUUAUCUCUGAUAAAGUUUUUUGACAUUCCGUAUUCUUUUCUGGUUAUUUUCAUUUUGAUGUCAAGAUUUUGAAAUCGACCCAAACACCAUUUUUUUCAAGAGCUUUACAUUAAAAUAAAAAUAACUAGAAAACAAUGUAGAUUUUCAAAAUACUUUUCUGGCGACAAUUUGUAAGAAAUAAAAUUGUCUACAAAAAAGGUCCCAUAACAUUUUACGAUAAGUCUGACAGUUUCGCCGAAAAAGUUGAAUAGUGGUAAAAUUUGCUAUGAAUCAAACUUUGGCCUUGAAUAACUUUUAAAAAUUCAAAUUUAUCGAAAAAUAAUAAUAUACCUUUUUUGUAAAGCGUUCAAUUUCCUUGAAAAAAUGUUCUUCAAUUUUACGGAUGCUUUGAUUUUCUAAUGCGUGAUAAAAUUCCACUCAAAAAAAAAAAUCCCAUGUUAAUCAAAUAGGUAAUAGACAAUCGCGAUUAGGCAACCAUUCAUAUUAAUAAUUAAGAGCUGUCAUUUUAACAGGAUCAUUUUUCCGUAAUUUUAAUCAAUAUUUUCAGAGUAUUUUAAAAAAAAAAACUAGUCGAUGUUUUUGAUAGAGUCUAGUGUAUAAUUUCCCACUCCGUAAUUGAUUUUUUUUCUCUUUAGGUUGUUACAUUUAUAACGUUAGUGAUAGAUUUUUUAAGUAUAUAACUUUUUCUGCUGACAUAUAUCCUGCCAUUUCUAACUUAUUUAUCGUUUGAGGAAUGUAAUUUCCAACAAUUGUCAAAAAAAUCGAAGAAAAAAAAAAAUUGAAACUUUUUUUUUGUGUUCUAAAUUUUUUUUUUGACAUUUUUUGGAAAUUUUUUAUUUUUUUUGUCAUUUCUUUGCAUUUUCCGAGUCACCAAUGCAAAAAUUUGAGAAAAGUCCAGAAAAAAUAAUUUUUUCACUUUGAUUAUGAUUACAAAAUUAAAGGAACAAAACUUGCUCCUUUAAUUGUUUAGCAAAACUUUGAUCGAUGAUUCUCAAAAAACGGUUCGAUAGAUCAAUUUCAAAAUUUACAGGGGUCUUGGGGGUACAUUAAGCUAAAAAAGUCCCUGGCAACAUUAUUUUUUUUUCGAUAUUUUUCGAGUAGCGGUUAUUUUACUAAAAAACCAAAAAAAGUCAUUUUUUUGUACUUACUUCUAAUGGAUGUUAAAAAUAAAAAA